AUGAUUCAGCAGUUAAGAGGAGUUCCAAUGAAUUCACUCAGGUUUCUAUUUGAAGGUCAGAGAAUUGCUGAUAACCAUACUCCAAAAGAACUGGGAAUGGAGGAAGAAGAUGUGAUUGAAGUUUAUCAGGAACAAACGGGGGGUCAUUCAAGGGUUUAGAUAAUUCUUUUUAUUUUUUUUCCUUUUCCCUUAAUCCUUUUUUAUUUUUAAAAAUAGUUCUUUUGUAAUGUGGUGUUCAAAAUGAAAAUUGAAUACUGGCUCUCCAUCUCUUUAGAACAUCUGGUAAUCUGAAUUCUAGUGUUCAAUAUUCAUUACUGGUUGUUUUUGUUGUGCUGAUUUUUGGUGAUCAGACCUCAGCUCCCUUAAUAUUGCCCUUCAUAUUUUAAACAAUUUCAUAUGUGCACAGAGAGGCCACCCUUUUCAGGACUGUGCAUUUUCAAGUUUGUGAUGAUAAAAAGAUGGACCAGUGGGAGCUUUCCUAUGACCUUCCAGUUGGCCCUGAAGUUCCAGCAUGCAGUUGCUUCACGCCUGGACCGUGGUUUUCAGUGGGAGAUGGAAGGUCUUCAGAGACCUGAACUGUGGGGAAAUGACCUUUCCUCAGCUUGAAGCUACUUUUAAAAUCUGAGGGUCUGGACCAAAAGAAGAGCAUCACGUUUGCAGUCAAGAUGACAGGUACAGUGAGAGUGACAGCUAACUCCAGGAUGGCUUCACCGGAGAGAAGAGUAAGGCAGGCUGUCUGAAGAUCCCAGGAAAGCUGUAAUUUCCAUCAGCAGUUAGUAGGAAAGUUACUCUUGCAGAAGUGUACUCAACAGACACUGCUCCUUUUGAUUCUGUUUGUAGUUUUUGGCCUGGGACAUGGGUUUUCAAGGGACAUCGUCUGUACCAGCUUCAUUAAAAUAAACAAUAUUUGUAAAAACCGUACGAAA